AUGAUAGUUAAAGCAAGUGGAGGAAGUCCUGUGGCACGACCACAGCUUUAUCGAACAGCAUCGAUAUCAACGAUUGCGCAAGCAGAGCAACAAGAUAGAUUUUUGCAAUUAGGCGAAUUGAAUGAAUUAGUUGCUUUCCUAAAUUCUGGAAGUAAAAGAUUGGAAGUUGCUGAUUUACUUGGUAAAAAUGCUAAUAUUUUAGUUGCUAAAGCAGCUGAUAAAAUAUUUAUUGGUGGAUCAGCUAUAGCAUAUCUUGAAAGGCCUCAGGCAUCAUUUUUAUCUUCUGAGAUUAAAGAUAAUACAGGCAGUUUAUCUGGUAAUACUCAGAAUAAUAUUUUUCAAAGUGUUACAUCUGUUUUUAGUACUAAUGAUUCAUUACCUCCAGGAUUUAAGCCCAUUAAUAUAGUACGUUAUGGGUCAGUAAGAAUGAAAAAAUCUUUACGUGAUUUAGACUGGUUCUUAAGAUACCUGACUUAUGCGAUUGUUACUGGAGAUCCCAAUAUAUUAUCAGUUAAUAUUCGAGGAUUAAGAGAGUUGAUUGAUAACGCUUGUUCUAGUGCAGCUGCUACAGUUGCUUUACGAGAAAUGCGGCAAGUUGCUCUUACUAUCUUUACUGAUGAUAUAGAAGGCCAAUUAUUAGUAAAAGAAUAUUUUAACGUAGUAAUUAAAGAAUUUGAUGCUUCAUCUUUAACGGAUAAAUUAAGAAAAAGAGAGUCAGGUGAUUUACAAGGUUUACGUUUACCUCAAAUUUAUGCAAAAGCAGGUGUUGCAACCCAACGAUUUGUAAUGAAAACUUCUUUAUCUACAGAAGAAAAAAAUACUGUUAUUCAUGCUUGUUAUAGACAAGUCUUUGAAAGAGAUAUAGCUAAAGCAUAUGAUUUAGUCUUUUUUGAUCUAGAAUCUCAAGUGAAGAAUGGUCAAUUAUCCGUAAAAGAAUUUAUACGAUUACUAGGAAAAUCAUCUAUUUAUAGAAAGCAGUUUUUUGAACCUUUUGUAAAUAGUAGAGCCUUAGAGUUAGCAUUUAAACAUUUUUUAGGUAGAGGACCAAGCUCAUUAGAAGAAUUUCAAAGAUAUUUUUCUGUUAUCUCUUCUAGAGGACUUGCUGGACUUGUUGAUAGCUUAAUAAAUUCUACAGAAUAUUCUGAUUAUUUUGCAGAAGAAACAGUUCCUUACGCAAGGAGUCUAGGAGAGGAACCUCAAGAAUCACGAAAUUGGGGUGCUCAAAUAGAUUUAUUUAACUAUAGUACUGUUUUUAGAAAAAUCCCUCAAUUUAUUACUCUGUUUAGUGAUUAUAAAAAUAGUUUACCAGAUCAACAUCCAUAUGGAUUAAGUAAUGAUCCUUUAGGUAUACAAUUUGGAGCAAUCUUUCCUCAAAAUACUAUAAAUUUACGAAAAAAAUCUGCGCCUUUUACUAAAGAUACUCGUAGAAUUUUAAUCAGAAGAGGUCCUGGAAUCUACAAUCAGAUAAGUCAACCUAGUUUACGUUCUAAAUUAACCGAAUCUUUAGGCCCUAAAGUGUUUAAAUUAAAUAAUGUAGCUAGCAAAGUAGCUGUACUUCAAGAUCAGGAGAAUGUUGAAGCAAAUUUAAGCCAAGUAAUUAGAGCUACUUACUUAAGAGUUUUUGGUCGAGUUAUUUAUCAGGAAGAAUUAUUGAAUCUUAAAAGAUUUGAAAAUCAGUUAAGAGAAGGUCAAAUCUCUGUAAGAAAUUUUGUGCGCUUAUUAGCAAAAACAUCUAUUUUUAGAUCUUUGUAUUGGGAACCUUUAUAUAUUUGUAAAGCUAUCGAAUAUAUUCACUGUAGAUUAUUAGGUAGACCUACAUACGGAAGACAAGAGAUUAAUAAAUAUUUUAAUAUAGUAUAUAAGCAAAGUUAUUAUAAAUUGAUCGAUGCUAUUAUCGAUAGUACAGAAUAUAUAGAGUGUUUUGCAGACAAUAUAGUUCCUUAUGAAAGAUACAAUACAGCUUCUACAGUAUCUUCUAGAAAUUUAAGAUCUGGUAUAAGUGCAAUGCAAUUACAAGUCCUAUUACCAAAUCAAAAACCAGCAAAGUUCAUUGAUUUAGGUUCAAUUCAAGAAAUUCGCAGUAAUAACUGUAUUCAACAAAGAUUGUUACAAGGAGUAACUUCAAAAAGAGAUCAAACAGUAAUCUUUAAAGUACAGCAAUCCACUAAUAAAUCUGAAAUUAAGCAAAUAUUAAGAGCACUAUACAGACAAAUCUUUGAGAGAGAUUUAAACUCAUUUACAUUAGGAGAUGAAUUUUAUAAUUUAGAAAAAGCAUUUCUAAAUCAAGAAAUAAAUAUACAGCAACUUAUAGAGCAGCUUGGUUCUUCUUCAUUAUAUCGUAAAGAGUUUUACCAACCAUACCCAAAUACCAAAGUCAUUGAACUCGGUACGAAACACUUUUUAGGUCGUGCUCCUAAUAAUCAAGCUGAAAUAAGGUAUUAUAAUCAAAUAUUGGCUUCUCAAGGGUUAUCUUAUUUUAUUUCAGCGUUAGUGAAUAGUGUAGAGUACAACGCAAUUUUUGGUUCGAAUAUUGUACCUUACCGACGUUUUCCAACAUUACCAGCAGCUAAUUUCCCAAAUACAGAAAAGUUAUAUAAUGCGUUAACUAAGCAAAACGAAAUCAUAGUUGUGCCAAGCUUUAAAGCUAUUGCUGGUAAUCAAUAA